AUGCCUGCCAAACCGAUGGAGUUGUCGGAGUAUCUCGAGCGGAUCGAGCGUGCUUGCCGUCCACCCAGGGAGUGGAGUAGAGCAUGCGAAAUGGUGAUGGAAAAUGUGGAGCAUGUAUUAAACGAUCAUUACGGUGAUAAAGGACCGAGAAUUAAAGCGCAGGGAUCGUAUGUGCAGAGCUUGAUGAUACGUGGAAGCGAUUUGGAUUUAGUCUUGUAUAGGAAAGGUCGCCGGAUAAACUCUUGUUCUAAGAACUGCGUAAAAAGAUAUUUAACUACGACCACUGAGGCGGUUGUGCGGUCGUUGAAUAACCUGAAUAGCGAUGUCAGAGCUCGGGUGAAACAGAGAAUUCUGCACGCACGAGUUCCUAUUGUAAAGCUAGUGUUUGAGGUUCGCUCUGACGUGAUCGAUUUGGAGACCUCCGACGAGCCCACAUCGCCGUCAUCCUCCUCUACUACGUCUUCUUCGUGCGAGGAGGAUGAUGAGGAUAGAUUGGUAAAGUCGGUGAAACCACAAACGGUUGAAGUUGAUAUGUCCUAUGGUGACGAGCUGAGGGGGGAGUGUGAUGAAGUGAUUCAUAGUUUGAUCUCGGGUGGCGGCGAACUGUGUCGGAAGUUUGUCACUUUGGUGAAGCUAUGGGGAAGAAUAAGCGGCGCGACGGACUCUUUUAAUAAUUGCCUUUCGACGUUCGCGUUGAUAUUAUUGGCGAUUUACCACUUCCAGUCGGUGUAUAGGAUGGAGAAACGAAGAAGAAAUGGAGGAAAUAGGUCAAUUGACAUAGCGUAUUUGCUUUCUUCAUUUUUCCGCUGGGUGGCGUUCGGUUUCCAUUGUGAUAUCGUCGAAGUAGAUGUGGAGGAGCACAGGAUGUAUUCGAGAGCACCGUCCACGUAUUGCCCUAUGUUCAUUAGAGUUCCUCGAGAUUCUUUCGCGAAUGCGGCGAGAUGCCUAUCGAAUUCACAAUGGCGCAAUAGAGUCCUUCCAGCCUUCCGCGCAGCCGCGGGCUCGUGUCGAGGCGCUCGCUGGACAGAACUGUUUGGGGACAGGGUGACUAAGUUGAUACCAUUUACUGCUGAGAAAGCAGCGGAGAGUUCGGAUGACAGCAGUGAUGUGGAAAGUGUAGAGGAGAUAGCAGUUGUGAAUGAGAAGAAGAGGAAAAUGGCUAAGUGGCGUGAAGAAUGUACAACGUUGAGCUUAGCCUCUUCGGAGAGCUCGGGUAGUGGAGUGGAAGAAAUAGAAUUAUCAGAUGAUAAUGAGGAGGUGCUCGAGAUGAGAGUUCCUGUGAGUGCUGCUGAGGAAAGAGCGAACAACAAGCGUGGGAAGAAGAGGCCGUUUGAACAGACUGAGGGGGAAAGGAAAAAUCGUAAAAAGUUCAGAAUGGAAGGAGGGAAAAUGUCGAGUAAAAAAAGAGCGCGGCAAAAUCAGCGGCAAAAGCGACAGCAGAAGCAACGUUCCUUGUAGACAGA